UGCAGCGCCGCACAGAUGAGCGCGCUCCGAGCGCCCGCCGUGCGGCCGGUGCCGACCUGGCUGCUGCUGCCGGCGCUGCUGCUGCUGGCGCUGCUCCUGCCGGGGCCGCUCCUGCCCGGCGCCGCCGCGGGCGCGGGCUGCGACCUGGAGGCUGCGGACGGCGGCGGCGGCGGCCGGCGGGGAGGACGGGGAGGUGCCACCCCCUGUGCGGCGGAGCCGGCGACAGAUCCCUGCAGUUCACUCAGCCCACCAUGCUUUACUGAGGAGGACCGAUUCAGCCUAGAAGCUCUCCGCAUGAUCCAUAAGCAAAUGGAUGAUGACAAAGAUGGUGGUAUUGAAGUAGAUGAAAGUGAUGAGUUUCUAAGGGAAGAUAUGCAGUACAAGGAUGCCUCUAAUAAACAUAGUCACCUGCACAGAGAAGACAAACAUAUCACCAUUGAGGAUCUGUGGAAACGCUGGAAAACAUCUGAAGUUCAUAACUGGACUCAAGAGGACACUCUUCAAUGGCUGUCAGAAUUUGUUGAACUGCCCCAAUAUGAAAAGAAUUUCAGAGACAGCAAUGUCAAUGGAACAACACUUCCCAGGAUAGCAGUAAAUGAACAUGCUUUCAUGAUCUCUCACUUGAAAAUAAUUGACCGGAGCCAUAGACAGAAGCUUCAGCUUAAAGCCUUGGAUGUGGUUUUAUUUGGACCUCUUACCCGUCCCCCUCACAACUGGAUGAAGGAUUUUAUAUUAACAGUUUCUAUAGUUAUUGGUUUUGGAGGCUGCUGGUUUGCAUAUACACAGAACAGAACCUCAAGAGAACAUAUCACAAAAAUGAUGAAGGACUUAGAAAGUCUUCAAACAGCAGAGCAAAGUCUUCUUGACUUGCAGGAAAGGCUUGAGAAGGCACAAGAAGAGAACAGAAAUGUUGCUGUGGAAAAGCAAAAUCUGGAGCGCAAAAUGAUGGAUGAGAUCAAUGAUGCAAAACGGGAAGCUCAUCGCCUAAGGGAAUUGAGGGAGGGAGCUGAAUGUGAGCUCAGCAGGCUCAAAUAUGCAGAGGAAGAAUUAGUACAGGUUCGCAUGGCUUUAAAAAAGGCUGAGAAGGAGUUUGAGUUGAGAAGUAAUUGGUCUGUUCCUGAAGCUUUGCAGAAGUGGCUUCAGUUAACACAUGAAGUUGAAGUACAAUAUUACAACAUCAAAAGACAGCAUGCAGAAAUGCAAUUAGCAAUUGCCAAAGAUGAGGCAGAAAAGAUAAAAAAGAAGAGAAGCACCGUAUUCGGAACAUUACAUGUUGCACACAGCUCCUCCCUGGAUGAAGUGGACCAUAAAAUUCUUGAAGCAAAGAAAGCACUCUCUGAGUUGACGACAUGUUUGCGAGAGCGUCUUUAUCGAUGGCAGCAGAUUGAGAAGAUUUGCGGGUUUCAAAUCGCACACAAUUCUGGGCUACCAAGCUUGACCUCCUCUCUCUACUCUGAUCACAGCUGGGUAGUUAUGCCUCGAGUCUCCAUUCCUCCCUACCCAAUCGCAGGGGGAGUUGAUGACUUAGAUGAAGAUACUCCUCCAAUAGUCUCACAGUUUCAUGGGUCCAUUGUGAAACCUCCCAGCAGCACACUGGCAAGAAGCAGUAGCUUGUGUCGAUCAAGACGCAAUGUUGUGCCAUCAUCUCCGCAGUCUCAGCACGCUUUGCACUCCCCUGACCCUGACAUCCUUUCUGUGUCGAGCUGCCCAGCUCUUUAUCGAACUGAAGAGGAGGAGGAAGCCAUUUACUUCUCUGCUGAUAAACAAUGGAUCAAAAGCAGUGUCAGCUACUGGGCGAAGAGAAGAUGGAUGGUAACACAAUUCUUACAGCAUGUUGAGCGUGUACCUACUCUUGUUACAUGGCCUCAUAGGAAAAGGUUAAAUUCCUUUUGGAAGGAGCAAAUGAGCUUGUUGAAAGGGAAGUACAGGAAACCGGUUCGGAAUGUGACUCCUUAAAUUCAUCCAUUGGAAGGAAGCAGUCUCCUCCAGCAAGUCUUGAGAUGUACCAGACAAUUUCUCCUCAGAAAGUAUCCCCAGAAGAAUUCUCAUUGGAGGAAUCAUCUACGGGAGACUCCUCUUCUUUAACUGCAGAUAUUUCUAGGGGCUCUCCUGACUGUGUAGGCAUGGCAGAAACUAAGAGCAUGAUCUUUAGUCCUGCAAGCAAAGUUUAUAAUGGAAUCCUGGAGAAGUCCUGCAGCAUGAACCAGCUUUCAACUGGGAUCCCAGUCCCAAAGCCUCGGCACACCUCGUGUUCUUCAACCGGCAGCGAUAGUAAACCCAGCCAUGAAGCUGCUUCUGUCCCCAGGAUAAGUAGCAUCCCACAGGACCUCUACCAAAAUGGUGAAAAAAAUAAAAAGCCAUCAAAAAUAAAAAACCUCUUUAAGAAGAAGUGUAAGUGAGAUGGGCAGAAGAAAACCUAUAGUAAUGUUAUGAGAACUCUAUUUUUUACACCUUUAGGAAUGUAAUUCCAUUUGAGCAUUCCAGACUGGAUGCCCUAAUGGAAUGCUCUGUAGGUCACCUAUAUUUAACUGACUGUAAUGGUCGUGCCAGCUGUCAAUGAGAAAUCAUUAAAAAGUUCAGACAGUUUACAUUCAUUUCUGCCUAUUUAUUUCCUUUCUUUUUUUUUUAGUCUUUUUCAGUGGUGUUUGUUUUUUUUUUAAAGUUUAUUCAUAAACCAUUUUUAAGCCACUUUGGACUCCUAAGCUUUAAUGGACUAGUAAGCCUUCCUGGGCUUGCCAAAGUUUCUUGUUUACUGGAGCAUCUUCCUAUCUUUCCAUAGACCUAGGACAUUUAUCUACCGGACUUUAACAAAAAUAAAAGAAGUAGAACUAAAUGAAUUGCACUACUGUUUUACAGACUGGAACAGUCUCUGCAAGUGAAACUGAAAGACCUUGUAUUUGACUGAGAAGAUGAAUCUUUUCACUUUUAGAUCUUUUGGGGUUUUUAAGUAGAAUUUAGCAUUUCUAAUUGACUUGAUUUCUGGAAAUGGAAAUGUCAUGCUUUUAUUAUGGGAAGCUUUGUUAGAUGCAUUUAUUAUUAGAAUGGUUCAAGUCCUGCUGUAAAGAUCAUUUUUUUCCCAGGACUUUCACUGUGAUUUUACUUCACUGCAGGCUGUAUGACAAAAAAAAAGAAAGACAAAAAAAAAAGUAAUUUAUCAAGAGAAAAGGCUCUUGAUUCCUUAUGCAAGUGAUGGUUGUGAAACUUGACUGAAGACUGAAAAUAUUCACUCUCUUAAAGUGAGGAGAGGAAAUAGUAGCUUUUGUUUACAGACUGAGAGACAACGGACGUUUGGGUUGUGAAAGUUUGUACUGUGGUAAAGAUAAUAAAUUGGAAACAUUAUUUUGCUUGGGAAUGUUCCAAUUUUAGGUGAUGCUUGUUUCAGACAUGUUUCAGAGGUCCUGUUAAUUGAAAGCUGUCGUAGGCUACAUUGCUUAUGCUUACUGCUGUGUAUAAGUUAUUAUAUUUUUUGAAUUAGCUAUUAUUGUCUUAAUGUCCUCCUUUUGUAAGAUUUCAUACACUUUAUUUUUGUAUCGUUUGAAGAUCUAGCUGUUCAGACACGUCUGAAGUAAAUGGUAUAAUUUUAUAAUGCAUACUGUCAUACUAACUCAUAAUUUCAGAUAUAAAGAUAGAUAUAAAAGUGAGACUUGACAUGCUUCAGAUAAAAGCAAUUUUUGUUAAGCUUUUAUAGGGAGAGAUGAAAUGACUGUGAGGUAACAAAGAAGCCUUCUUAGGGUAGUAGUUGUUCAAAAACAUCUUUUUAUUUUUUUUUAAACAGUUGGAGACAAGAAAUAUACUGCUUAAGCAACAGUGCCUUUUAUUCAGUUUGAAAAUAUUAAUACUGAGCAGGAAUUUCUUUUGAGGCACAUUCCAAAGAAAUAUUCCCUGCUCUAGUCAACACAAGCAAUUUACCCAGUGAUGACUAAACAAUUUCAGCUCUUCCAUAGGGGUGUUAAAGUUGCCUCAGUAGCAGGUGCCAUUGCCAGGGGACCUGUGAUUAGGGCCUCACUUCUUGCCAAUAUGUACGUGAUGUACUGUAUGAAAGAAUUAAUUCACUGAAUGCCUAAAUUUUUUCUAGUACGGAGCCUUCAAAACUUGUAACUAAUCUAAAUCAAGUGAUGUGUGUUUUUCUACCAUUCUCUGUUUAGGUUCCACUGUACAUAACCAAUGUGUUAGUUCUGUCCUUGAAGUGGUGGUGAUUUUAACAGAAACAUUUGCUGUGGUUAGUGAAAUGGUUAGAAGAGGACAGUUAUGAAACAGGAUGGAGACCUUACAUGUGCAAGUACCUUAAAACUCUUGGUACAUUGAUUAAUUCCUUAAGAGAACACAAUGAAUGCAGAAUUGUACUGUCUAACAAAGUAUGAUUGUAUGCCAUCUAUAUGGAAAAGCAUAGGAGGAAUCAACUGUUUGGCAGAGUCUGGAGAAGAAAAAAUUGGGGGACUAGAAAAUAAUGAGAGCAUAAUAUUGUUCCAUUAUUCUCUGAAUCAUCAGAUUGAACAGCCAUAGCUUCAAAGAAAAGUCAUCACAAGGUAACAAUGGUCCCUUUGAACAAAGAUUGUACACCUUGUACAUGGCAGAGAAGAAAAGCAGCAAUGCAAAAAGACUUGUGCCAGAGAACCACUCCAAUGCUAAGCCUUCAGAGUUCUAGUUAAAAGCCUGAUGAAGCACUUGAACAUCUGCAAAGGGAAAAAUUACUUUUAUAGAAGUAGGGAACUUAUUGUGCCUCCCAGACAGCAUGGAGAAGGCUACUACCAGAAAAAGGCUACAGCAAUAAUUGAGUUUAAAUUAAGAUCUGGGGCUGAGUAGUAGAUCUUGGUGUAAAGUUUAAGGAACUCUGUCUCUAUCAUUACCAGAAAGAUGAAGUGGCAUUUAGAUACUGGAGAGUAAAUAUUUACACAUGAAAAAAAAAAAAAAUCUGGUACCAAGGAGUGGGAGGUCAGCUCUUCUUAAUUCAGAUAUCAAAGUCAGGCAAACUCAAAUACUGAGAAGCCUAAACAGAAAAAUUCAGUUUUCUGUAGUAAGUAUAACUAAAAAAUUAAAUGGAGGAGGUGUUGAACUCAUCACUGGUUGUGAGUUUAAGUGUUAAGUAUCUUUUUAAAAUAAAUAAUUUAACUAUCUUCAAGAAAAAAAUAUGGUGGUGUACAAACAAAUCAGAUGAGAAUAUCAUAGUGAUAGAUUUUGGCUUCAAAAUGGCAAACCUUUGGAGAACAGACUGCUCUCAACACUCAGUUUAUUACCAGCUGUCUUCUAAUUUUAUAUCUGCUUCUUAAUAAAUAUUACAUAUCUAAAAGCUUAAAUGAAUACAAUCAGAAGUGGUGAGUAUUGUAUGUUGGAGCACAAACUAAUUUUAAUUGAGUUGGGUUUAUUUUUUAUUAUUUUAAUAGACCACUUUCAUUUCUUGCUGCCUGAAUUUGUCUGCAAUGUAAGUGGCUUCCAUUGCUCCUACUGUGGCUAAUGCAGAAAUUCUUGUCUUGAACCAGUUAGUGUCCUUUUAGUACGGGGAUGUUGAGAGCACUGACUCUUAGGUAGAUCCUCACUGGCAAACGUCAAAUCCAGUCCUGAUAUUGAAGUACCUGGCAUGUAUCAACACAUCAGAAGUGAGACAAUGUGCUUCAAAGAUCCUCUGUUCUGACUCCAUUUGCUAAUCAGUGUAACUUGAACUCACUGGCAGUCAGUGAGUCUUGAGUUCAAGCACUAGCAUUUUGUAAGACCCAUCAGUCAUUCUAGACAAUCAUCUAGUGUCAUUAGAGACUUUUUUGUUUUGUUUUGGGUGGUUUGUUUGUUUGUUUGUUUAGCUUUUAUAUCGAAAAUCCCUGUUUUAUUUUAAACUCUCCAGUAUUUCAAAAGUUGAGGAUCUUUGCUUUCUUCAAUAUUUUGUUAGAGUACUUUGUCAAGACAGAGCCCCUUUGUGGAAAUUGCCUAAAAGGCUUCUCCCCGAAGAGGUUACCUUUUAAGUCUUUUAUCUGUAAAAUGAAGAAGUGUCGAGAGUGUGGCUCUAUACAAAGAGGGAGAAGAAAAAACCUUUGCACGGUUCUUACUAAAGCUGUAUGACAAUUGUUUACCAAAAGCAUAAAGAUUUUUAGGAAAGGCAUUUGUAGUUGCCAUGGGAAACUUUUGACCAGUUUACAGUGGACUUAAAGAUACAGUUGAUUGUUUGGUUUUAUUUUAUUUUUUUUCCCACUACUCAGUGAAUGAAUUUAAAAUAGAUCAUUGACAGUUCUGGGCCUAUGUCAACUUUUCUUUCCCCACUGGUACCUACGUAGCAGAUUACUCUUUACUUCCUGAUGGACAAUUUGCUGAAAGAGGGAAGAUUCUCCAUCAUAGUCUAGAUAGUACUGUUAUAGUAAGAAUACAGUUCCUCUUUUGGAAGCCUUGAAGAUGCUGAAGCCAAGAAUAUGUGACUUCAGUUUUCUUAUGAUAUUUCUGGAUGCCAACUGGAGUUAGGCAUUAAUUUGUGACUGAUUGUCUAAAAAGAUAACAUUAAUUAGAAAUUAAAGCUUUCAAGAUUUUGCCCUUUUACCUCCCAAUAUAUAGGAACAUGGCAUGCACAGGAGGGAAAUGAGCUAAUUAGCAUUUCCCAUACCACCAACUUUUAGAGCUUCAGGAUAAUUUCAUUCCAUUUCCAAGAUACAUUGCUGGAGAGGAAUUACUACCUUACAUAAUGUAUACAAAGAAAUAUUUGUUUUUUAUUUACUUAAAAGCAUAUUUACAAGCAGUAGUGAAUGUAAUAAAAUACAUUUUUUUUAAAAUCAAAUAGAGGAAUUACUAGUUCUUGGACCUCUUGUCUAUUUGCUUAUCUCCUUGUACAAUAUGUUAAGUAGGGUGAACACACUUUUCUAAUCUGUUCCAGUUGCUCUCACUAAAGGGGUGUGUGGGUGCCUUGCUAUCAUGUUUGAAACACUGCUCUAAACUGCUUGUAGGCAUUUUAAUCCUGGAUGUUGCAUCUUCAUUGACUAUUGGUUAAGCCCACCAUGGCUAUUUCAUUCUAGUGCUGCUAAAAUUUUCUAUCAGUGGCAGAGAUGUUGGGAUAACUAAUAACCAAAAAAAGGCUUUUGCCUGUAGCGUUUGACUGGCAGUGUGUAAAUGUUUGGGUAACCAUUCUUUGAGGCUUCAGUAGCUGUUCAAAGGUGUCAUACAUGUGUUUGGUUUCCAGCCCAGUACAGAUGGUGUUUAUCUGACACUCCACUUAGUCCUCUGUUGCAUAAACAGAAUGCACCAAUGGUAACAAUGGUAACAGUAUUAACCUUUAAACUAUUAUUCCUAGGUGCUCUUCCAUCUGACAUUGCUUAAGCAAGAUGGCAGUACUCACAAGUCCACUUCAGGUGUUCAGAAACACAGUAGAUUUCUGUUACCUUUUAAUUUUCUCUGCAACUUUGAAUCUCAAGUUUACCAAAUUUUAUGCGUGUGUGUGUUCUGUGUAUUUAAUGCUCCACUGAAAUGAAAGUUGGAAGGUUGUUCUCCGUUUAGAUGUUAGGGAAAGCACAUUUGAGCAAGGUAGAAAGAAAUUCCUCUUGCUCAUUGCAGAGGAUGAAAAAGAGUUGAGGUAUUUCAUCUGCUCCUAAGUGAGAAGACUGAGGAACACUCACAACUUAGAUUGCUGGAGGUAAAAGGUACACUCAAUCUCAACCUUUCAGAUCAGUAACUCUUUAUCUAAGAAAAAAACCCCACUUUCUUCUUUAGGUGUACUCUUCAGGGCAUUACCUUUUGUAUUUCUAAUUUCUAUUCUAUUUUUGACCUAGCAUUAAGUUUGGUAGUUACAGCACUAACUUAGGUGAUUGCCAGACCUCAGAGCAGCUUCAGAUAAAUUUCAGUAGCAUGUCUUAAUGUCAAUUUUGUUUUAACAUGUGCUAAAGACAUCUAAAUUAGAACUUUUUCCUUCACAUUCCUUUUACUUUAAUUCAACUCAGUUCUUUGUGAUCUCUCUACUGUUAAAAAAAUAAAGAGGUACUGAUAGUUGUUUGGAGUACUAUAAUUUUUUUUUCAGUUGGGAAUUACUAAUAGAUAAAUGCUAAAUGGUUGUCUUUUAAAGACUAAAUCAUGGUUGGAUAUUAUGAAAACACUGCUGUGCUUUCGUUAAACUAGGUAGAGCAUUGACUGGUGCAAUUUGUGAAUGAAUGGUAAAUUUGUCUUUCUUAAAUUAUCCUUUGAUUGUUUAUAUAUGUCUAAAGUUAAUGCUGCACAAUUAUUUUCAGACUUGAAUUUAUUUAAAAUUAAGGUCAGUAUGUCCAGCCCUACAAAAGUCAGUCUUCAGUUAUCAGUCAUCCCUCCAUUCUUACAGAAAUUAAUUACAAUCUUGAAUAUUUGUACUAACUUCUUAGUGGUAGAAUGGAUUCCUGUAAGUCUUUAGAUAGAAGGCAGAGAACUUCUGAAGUGACCCAGGUAACCUGUGUUCUUUAUCAGCUUUCAAAUCCGUCUCCCACUAAGAUGGAGUCUCCCCAGGGGAAUGUAGAUGUACUUACUGCUUGGAACUUUGUAGUUAAUUAUAUUUGACUCUCUAAUUCUAAUAACUUGCAUGUGCGCUAUGCUUGCUUGCUUAUCAAUAGCUGACAAAAGCUAUAGGAGAUCUUGGGGGUUUGUUUUAAAAAAUUGCUGUGGGGGAAAAAAAAAAAAAGACUGGCAAGAGAAAUCUGUCAGGCUGUGAACUGAAUAGAACCUAGAACCAAGCAAAAAUCCCAGCUGUUUGUCGAAAAGUACUAUUUAAGUAAUCCUUAAUGAAAUGAAUUGGGUAGCAUGUGUAUUUUCACAUUGCUCUCCUCCAAGCAACAAACGUAAUUAAAAUACCCUAGUCUUCAGCAAGGCUAUUUGGGAGAUGUCUUGCCUUGUUUUUAUUUUUAAUUUAAAUAACAUUGAGUUGUAGUGAGUGUUCAGCAUAUUAAUGCCUGACUUAAAAGAUUAACAGAACUUGAAUGACUUGCAUUGUUUUGUUUAACUACUGCUUUAUAAAAAUGUAGAUACUUGCAUAAAGCCUGUCAUUGGAUCUGGGUGUGUUUCAAUGACAUAGCAAGAAGAGGACCAAGACAAGUAAAUAUAUGCACAAUUUGAAUCCUAAGAUGCUCUACUGUUCGAGGAAGAGAUGUUCUCCAUGCAGGUUCUACUCUUCCUCUGCUUGCUCUUGGCUUCUGUUUGUUUUCAUUAGUUGAACUAAAAUAAGAAACAAAACCCUCAGACUGACUAGUUUCUGUCUCUAAUAUAUACACUGUACUUGCUUUUAACCUCAUUUACUGCAUGUUGUUAAUGCUGUACACAAAUGCAUUUGGAGUAUUUCUUUGGUGUUGUACAGCAUGAUGCAUUUCAUUCCUUUUUCUAGUUUACCUCCCAUUAGCUAUAUAUUGCUUUACAACUGGAAAAAACUGAGUUUUUGGGAAUUGAGUCUGUUUGCAUAUAAAAAUAUUUUUUUUCUUUUCUGUGAGUCGUAUGAGAAAUGUCCUGCUUGGAGAGUCUCAGACAGUAUUUUCCUGUGUUUAUUCAUGUUACUUUGCUUUAUUUUAUAAGUGGAAAUUGAUUUUAUUGAUUUCUGAUGUGUUGUUACACUUAAUGUUGAAUAAAUCUGACUUCCAUUUUGAAAAGUGAAACUGUGUUAGUGAAAGUGUUAUGUAGUGUUAAUCUUAGACUGUUCCCCAAGUAUAAAAACUUUGAUUUUAUUUAUUUUUUUUUUUAUUUAUCUUGAGAUAAAUUUUCUUUGUUUUGCUUAAGAUUCUGGCCAACAUUUCUUUGUUUCAUGCUAUUAUUAAAGCUUGACAGCAAUAUUACUGGGAAGGGAAAGGUGGAGGCAGUUGUUUGGCAACCAAGGUGCUACAGUUAGGCUUAGAAAUCCUGAGUCUUACUGCCUUUGCUGGAAAGAGCCUUUCUGAGUAAGUUGCUUAACAUUUUGAAGAUUUGGGAUUUUGGUUUCGUGGGUUGCUUUUUUUUUUCUUCCCCCUGAACAAGCUGAAAAGCCUUUCCAAGUGACUGCUGGAAUAAUGUGUAGCCUUGUGAUUUUGAGCACGAGGAUUAGUUUGAGAGCCUGUGGCUCUCUACCAAAAAACCCAAACGUCUUUGUUGUUGUUUAAUAUUCCUUUUAACUUGUAGUGGCUCUGAGAAGGAAGAAGCUCAAGAGGAGCUUUUUAAAAGUGGCUUCUCUUGUAAACUAAAAAUCCCACCUAUGUGGAGGUGACAAGAUUGUAGUGAGGUAAAUGAGUGAGUGACAAUGCAGGGUGGACCAUGGGAUCAAUGUGAGUCAUGUUUAGAGAACCUAGAGUGCAAAAUAAAUUAUAUUUUCCUGGAUAAAAAGAAAGGGUAUUGAUAAUUGAAUCUGUAUAUAAAUUAUUUUCAGCUGUAGUUGUCUACAGCCCACUUCAGAAGCAAUAACUUGAUGUGUGUGAGUUGGUCACUACUUUCACUUCAGUUUGUCCUUAGUGUUCUUGAUUAAACAGUAUUAACUGUUUAUCAGUGGGAAAAUCAUAUAGGUUGGCAAAGCCUAAAUCAGCUCGGCAUCAUCAGACAGCUAAAUGCCUUUCUAUUGGGGACCUGCUGUUAAUUUUUUUCUGCAAAUUUUGAUUGAGCUAUUAUAGCAUAGCUUAUAUUGAAUGUCUUAUUUUACUGCAAGACUUGGCACCCAAGCAAGUGGAACACAGAGCAUUCUAAUCCCAUAGGACGUUACUGAGCUUUGGUUAAUUAACAGCUUUAGCAAGUUGGUAUGCGGUCACUGAAGUCAGGGUUUGAUUUGUUGUUGUUUCCCCUCCCCCCCCCCCGAUGAACUGCUUUUAAUUACUAUUGAAUCAAAGUCUUGCCUUACCCUGUCAAAACUAGGCUUUUAAAUUAUAGUUUUCCAACUCCACUGGGUGAUGGCAUCACUUGUGAAAUUCUAUAGCACCCUGCUUGCCCUCAGUGAGAUGGAGAAUGUGGAAUGGGGUUGAAAUGUGAGAGGUAAUCUCCUCUAAGGUCCUUUGGGCAUUUAGCUGUUCCUAGGCACAGAGUGCUCCCGAUUAAGUCAGUUGUGGAGCAGUUUCAGAAAGGUCUCCCAAUACUUCCUGUUAUUUUGAAUGCCCUAUAAGGAUGUGCUAAGUAUCCACAAACAUAGCUAUAUAGUGGAAAAUAUUUCUUUAUUCAAUGAAGGUACCUUUAUUUGAAGAGAAGUUUAGCUGAAUUUUCUGUCAGCUUAAUGCUGCAGUACUUGUCUGCUUUAAUCCUUUCUCUUCUACUUCUUUAUUUAAAAUUAUCACCUAUUCCCCAGUGUUUGGAAGAGGAAGUUAAAUAGUUGAGUUCCAAAUGCCACAUUUUGUCUGUAUUCUAAGAGGCCUUAUCUUUCAGCUAGUGCUGGUCAUAACCUGGAAGUGAUUUCUGAACCUCGUGUUGGAUUUCGUGUUUGUUCUGUAUAAUACUCGGCUACUCUCCAGUUUUUCUUGCUGGUUUUAUACAGGGGACUCUUAGCAAUAGAGAAAUAUUCCAGAAAUUGUAUGUGACAGUUGGGGGUGAAGGCAUGUGAAUAUGUAUUUGGAUGAAGAAAGAGGCUGGGGACAGGAGAAACAGGAUGCCAUUUGUUGUUUGUACUCUGAAAUGCAGGAGUCUGGAAGAAUGAUUGAAGGGAUAAGGUUUUUAUAAGGGAAGUUUGGACACAGACUAUGUAAUUGCAGCUCUUGUUUCUUUUUUCCCUCCCUUAUUCCUGCUUUUGUGAAAUACACCCAUUUUUAAGGUGUAGCUACAAAAUCCUAAUAAGGAUUGUGAAUGGAAACACUACUUUGUGGGAAAAAAAAAAAAGUCCAUUAUGCUUUCUGCUCAGCCUAUAUUUUGUAUAAAUCUUUUUGUAGCAAUUUUAAAUAAUAUUAGAUAAAUAAAACAUCAGAAAUAACAUCUGAUAUACCACUGGAGAUAAAAGGUUAUCUACCAGGAACACUCCAAGAUAGAUAACUACCCUAAAUAUCUAAAAAAAAACCCCAACAAAACAAAAAGUCCAAACAAAAAAGCAACAACAAAAAACACACACCAAACCCAAAGAAAACUCAAACAAACCAACAAAAACCUGAAAACAAUACCCAAACCAAAAAAUCCCCAAACCCUGUGGUGUUUAAAGUGUCUUUUUUUUUUAGAUUGCUGUUGCCUGGUUAGAGCAUAUAACAACCUGGAUAAUUGCAGUUGACAUUGCCAGAGACUUUGAUUAAUUUCUGUUCUGGGUAGAAGAAGCAGCAGAGACAUAAGAAACACACCCUGAGUUUUGAUGAAAGUUGAUGAAGUUAAUGUAUCACUAGUACCUAACAAGCAAAGGGCUUCUGAAUGUGGACUUUUUCUAAUAAGAUACCUGUCACUUUAAAAAGUCCUUGCUUUCAUGCAUCUAGGCAUUGCUGAAUUGUUCAGCCAUAGGGGUGCUUAAAUUGUGUAGUUUCUGCUUUGAUGUAUGACCUAUGAUUUGUAAACAGUAAAACCUCUAAAAUUAAUAUGUAGAUGAAAAAAAAAAAAACAAAAACAAACCCCAAAAAACUCAAUUUAGAAACUUUGAAUAGAAAAGAAUACAUCCUCUUAAGUUUUCUGGUGUAGACUAACUAAAUAAGACAAGUAGUUGUAUAUCAGUGAUCUUGAUUUCUGUCAGUAAGUGGCUCAUCCCUCCGUCCCACCAUCUCCCUCAGCAUGAUGUUUUGUAGUGAAUCUGACUUUUGUCUUGUGUAAUAAGAGUUUCUGCAGUGCAGCCUAGGCCCUCCAGUAACCUCUACAUUCCCCAGCGUCUAAAUCAGGUCUGGGACACCUCUGCUGCAUUGCUGUUGGCAAUAUAUCUCCUCAUCUUACAAGCAAACCCAGGUUUUCUGGAAAGUUCUGAAUUUUUUUAUUGGAAUUUUGGUUUGUUGAGCCUGAAAUACUUCAGUUAGGGAAGUCUGACCAGAGCUCCUGGGCAUUGCUACUGAUCUCGUGUCUGAGCCAACUGCUGUAGUGCAACUACUCGGUGCCAUUGCUAAUAUUAACCAUAAGCAAGUAUAUUAGUUGAGGCUCUGCAGGCAGGGGAGAAAAUUCUCUAAUUUCCAAUCAUGCCAAUAUAAAUUAAGGAAAAGCCUUGAAGGAGUUCUAGUUAUUGCAGUCUUGAAUUAUUUUCCUGAAAAGAAAAAAAUAGCAUCAUUGUUCUUCAACAUCCCAAAGUAGUGUGAGUAAAAGGAAACAUAUUAGUUCUUCUGAGAGGUCUCUAAGUUAUUUGUGACAGUGUGCAUAGCAGCUGGGAAUUAAGAAACUAAUAGGAAUAAUAUACUUGCAUAGCUGAUAGGAACAGUGAAGGCACUUUUAUAGAUUUACCAGUCUUUAAUUUUAUUAAAGAUAGGAAAAAUGGAAUUUGCAUAAAAAAGUGUAGAAGAGCAAUUAGAUGAUCAGUUUUGAUAAUGUCAACUACUUUAUUCCCUAGAAUGCUCUAGAUGUCAUUUAGAUCUCAGGAAAGAGACUUCACAGCCUCAUGUAGGAUUUGGUGAUGAUCUGCUAAUCAACUUGAACUUGCCCAGUGUUGGGAUUGGAAUUAGGUGUGUAGAAAAUAUGAUAAAGACACUGAUAGUGUGGCCAGUUGUGCAAGGCAAUGAUUAGCUGCUGUGUUACUAAUUUCUCUUGUAAGAGUUAACUUUGCUCUUUUUGAAUCAGUCAUAUUGAGAGAUGUAAUGUAUUCUUCAGCAUUUAAGCAAACUAAAACAAAAAACAAGUGGGGCUCCUCCAUGUUUCUGAGAAGACUCCUGCUGUUCAGAGCCUCAUUAGUAACACUGAAUGGUAAUAAUUUAAGCAUUAUCUGGAGAUUCUGUAAUUAAAAAAUAAAGGUCCUGCAGGAGUCCUGUGAAGGAGAGCUGAACCAAAGCAGAAACUCCAGCUGGCAUUUUCACAGCUUAAAGACUGUAUACUUUUCAAUGCCUUGUUUUUGGGUGUGUAACAGAAAUAACAGUUCUGCUGCUCAUGCUUCCCUUUUUAUCUAGAGCUAUUGAAAUCAAGUGUAAGGUCCCCAAUAGCACAUACACAUCCAGUCCUUUAUCCAGAUUCUUAGACAUGUCUUUUGCCAAAAUCGGGAAGAAUAUUUGCCCCGUACUGCCUACUUGCCAUACACAUCUGUAGAUUAUGGUGGUGUCUCUUGGUUCAGAUGAUUAUCUGCUGUCUUUUUUGGCUUCUGCCAAAUCUUUCAGUAUUCCUGUGGAACCAAACUGUUCUGAGAUUUGUGUGGAAAUAAUUCAGCUUUCCUAACUACUAAUUUGCUGCAACUGCAAAGGCUAUUUUAGAUUUGUGUCUACUGUAGUUAAGUAUUCUCAAGUGUCCUAUUUUCCAGGGGAGCUCAGACAAACCUAUCAUCAAAGAGCUAUGAUUGAUUUUUUUUGUUGCAUUACAACCAAACAUUAAUUUUCUUUUGUUCCGGAGGGAGAAGAGGGUGUAUGUUUUCCAUGUCUUUAAAGACACUCUCCAUCUCCAAGCACUGUGUAAGCCAGCAUAUGUUAGAUUUCGAACAUCAGGGGAGAAAGCAGCACUGUAAUUCACACAUUUUGAUUUGACAGUUAGGUCGCAAAUAUGCUAACGUUCAACUUGUUGGUUAUUAUUGCUGCUCCUUUUCACAAGGGAAAAUUAGUAUGCACAUUAGAGGAUGACUUCUCUGCAAAGAAUUACAUAAACUAGGCAGGCGGCUCCAUUUCUUAGCUGUUUGUGAAAAAAACCUUUUACUUUUUACUCUUUUCCCUGCCCGGGAGAAGUCAAACAUUCAUUUGAACAGAAAGGCUUGGAAAUUAAACAGAUAGUUCCCUCACUUUAAAUGCAGCCUGAACCCUGCUAAACCAUUAGCUAUUUCCUCUUUUUUUUCUUCAGGGCCUUGCGCUGGUGAAUGACUGUUUUAGUGCUGUGCUCAUGAUAUAGCACAUUCAUAAUUUGCCUGCGGAAGACUUAGGGAAAUCUCUGUGUCCUACCUAUAGAUGCUUUUCUAGAUAAGAAAAGAAGAUUGUAGCAGUAAGAGACACUGCUUUGAUCAGUACUCUGCUGUAGAGUGUAAUUGGAGCAAUGAAGAAUUUGGGGGAGAGAGAAUAAUAGAAAUGGCAGGAAUUCAAAGGUCACUUUGAUAUUACUUUUCAGGAAAAUACUGUUGGAUUGUGAAACUGUAGUUGGAAGUAUCCUUGAAUUUUUAUAGUUUACUGGUAUAGACACCAGAAAGAUUUACCAAUGCCUAUCAUUUUUAAGUUGGUUUAAAAUAUUAUCCUGUAAAUUGGAAACACUCCAUCAACUUGCUGUCUUGAAAUUAUAGCUUAUGUAAUUUAGCUUGGGAAUUUCUUCCAAAUAAAGUGUUUUCCAAUAAGAUUAGUACUAAUAUUUCUAUUCACUUCUACCCCCCCCCAUAUGGUCAGCUGAAAUCAACAAAUUCUUGCUAAGUCCUGCUGGAAGUGCAACUUUAACCUUAAUUACUGAAUCUUUAUUUACCCUUUCUUUCUGCAACACUGUAGAACUGGAUUGUAGAAAUACACAGGAAACAUUUCUUGUAUAUGAAGACAGAAAGUGCAGUCUCACAGUGUAAGAUAAGAUUAUAAUUUACUAUUACAUAUAUUCUGUACUAUUGCAAGUCUUUAAGUGAAAAUGAGGUAGAGUGGUGUUUAUUUCUGGGUUUUUUUUCAGUGAUAACACAUAGCAGUAAUGCCUUGCUCACAACUGGGAAGAAGUUUACUUCAUGAACCUUUCUUUACACAGCUCUCUUCAUCUUAUGUGGUGUUGGCUGCUCUGGACAUACUUGACAAAAAUACAGGUCUUUCAAAGCUGCUUUUAAUGAAUUGGCAGGACCUUGUUCUUUUCUGUUUGAGGAGCCAGAUAAAGCAGUCCCAGCUGAGGUUUCCCAGUGCAUUCCAGCUUAGCAUUUGAUCACUUUGCCUAGGCUGCUGCUGGCUGUGCUUUGUAUGGUUUGUGAGCUGUACCUGAUAGGACUUAACCCUGAGCAGAUCAACCAGGUUUAGUCUAGAUGAAAUAGCUACUGCCUAACAUGGCAAUCUUCACAGUAACAUGACAGGAACAAAAAGAAACCAAACUCCAAAAGCUUCCUUAAAAAAAAUUGCCAUUGUCUACUUUGAACUCCAUCUAAUGUGCGUGUAUGUAUUUUAUAUAUAUAUACACACAAAUGUAUGUAUAAAAUAAAUAUAUGGCUAAGUAUCCCUAUAAAUUCCCACUAAUACCUUAGAGCAAUGAACUUUUCAAGUGAAAAAUUCUGUUGUUUUGUCUAUUGUCACUUUGAAGUGAAAGAUUUCUUUUGUCUUCUGGCCCUUCAAAGGUGAGUAUUGGCAAAGGUAGUGCCUUUAGAUCUUUGCUCUAAUGAAUAUAAAUAGAUAACACAUUUAGUUAAACUUCAGAAGUUGAAAUCUAGUUCUUAUUGUCACUUAUUUGUUUUGUGACUUUUAAUUUGACAGUUCAAUUGUUCUGUAACAUAAAUGCAAUAGUGACUGGCUUAUUGCAAGGGGUUGAAUGAAUGUUAAGCUUCUGUUAAUUAAAAGUACUGUUCUGAAUUCACCAGAUUAAGGGAUAAAACUCUUCUGAGAGCUAAGCAUUUUCCUUUGCAAAGAGAAACGUUGAUUUUCAAAGCUACAUUAAACUCUCUUCUGUCUUUCAGAAUGCUCUAACCUAUUCGGGGAGGGAGUAGGGGGAAGUGAACAGAAAGUAAAAUGAAAAGCCAGAAAAGAGUAUAAUAUAAAAAGCAGGUUUCACCUUCCUUUAUCUUAAACAGGGACUUUCGUAGUGACAUGAUGGGGGAAUGGAAAAGGCACAAAAGUACUGAGGAUGUAAAGCAUAAGUGGUACAAAACCAUCAAAAAGACUUUCAAUAGUGCUCUCUGUGUAUUUCACAUCUGUGUUGGUAGUUAGUCUAAAAACCUCUAUAUAUUAAUGAAGUACACACAAAUAGGAGAGAGGAAUGCUCAAGCUUCCCUGUCAUUUCUGUCCAUUAGCUGAUGACAUUAACAUAAGGACUUUGCUAUAGUCCCUGUUUCUAUAGUUUGUAUUUCCAGUUUUCAAAGUCUUGCAGCUUGACUUAAUUGGAAUUCAACGUGCUCAGUGAGCUCACCUAGUGUUUCAAAAGUGUUCUGACCUUUUGUGGGUAAGAUGUCUGAUGGCUUAACCUGCUGGUGGAUUGCAGUUACCGUAUGAGAAUGUCUAACAAUCUCUGAGCUCUUGCUGUAUGUUGAAUUUGAAACAUACUGAGAAACAGUCAGUUUCCUUUUUUAAAAAACAUUUUAUUUUCAUCUUAUUUGGUUACCAGAACAUGGAUCACAGAAGCACAGAACCUUUAGGAUCAGAAGGAACCACUGGAGACUGUCUAAUCUAACACCCCUGCUGAACACAGGGUUACCUACAGCAGGUUGUUCAGUUUGGUUUUGUAUGUCUCCACAGAUGGAGACUCCACAAUGCCUCUGCACUGGAUUUGCUCCAGUUUGUCCAUCUCUUCUUUGUACUGUGGAGUGCAGGGUUGGUGACAGCAUCUACAAUGUAUAUCAACAGUGGAAGUAUCUCUAGGUGCUGGCAUGGCUCUACCUAGUGCACCAUGAAUGUUUUAAGGGUACAGUGGUGACUCAAGUUCAAUUUCUCGUCCACCAGGAUCCCCUGCCCUUCUCUGCAGAGCUGCUUUCCUUCCAGUUGCCCCUCCAAGCCUGUGCUGGUAUAUGGGGUUAUUUUUCCCCAAAUAUCUGACUUGAGAUUUGACUUCCCUGUACUUCACAAGGUUUCUGUUGUCUCAUUUCUCUAGGCUGUUGAGGUAGGUCCCUUGGAAUGGCAACAUAGCCGCCUGGUGUAUCAGCCACUCCUCCCUGAUAUUUAUUAUCUGCAAGCUUGCUGUUGGCAUGCUCUGUUCCACCUUUCAGUUCUUUAAUGAAAAUGGUAAACAGUACUGGCCCCUAGUAUGCACCUCAGAGAUAUAACAUUAGUAACUGGCCUUCAACUGGGCAUUGUGCUGCUGACUGCAACAACCAGUCUGCGCCUGGCAGUUUAACCAGUUUUUAAUCCACUUUAUUAUCCGUUUAUCUAGUCUGUUUUGUCAGUGUAUCUGUAAGAAAGUUAUGUGAGACUGUCAAAAACUUUACAAAACUAAAGAUAAACGACAUCCACUACUCUCUUCUCACCUGCAGAGCUUAUCACUUUGUUGUGAAAGGCUAUUAGGCUGUUCACAUAUGAUUCCUGCUCUGUAAGUUUGUGCUGACUCAUCACCUUCCUCUCCUUUAUGGGCUUGGAAAUAUCUUCCAGGAUCAUUUGGUGCAUCACCUUGCCAGGAUUUGAGGUGAGAUCAAUUGACCUGUAGUUUCUAAGAUCUUCCUCCUUGCCCUUCUGGAAGAUGACACUUACUGUCUUCCAGUCCUCAGAAACCUUCAGUCACUAUGACCUUUCAAAGAUCAUUGUUUGUGGUCUCACAAUGACAUUGAACCAGCCUUCUCAGCACUUGUAGGUACAUUCCUUCUCUAUUGACACUGUCUUCCCUGCUCUAGACUUUUCUGAUGAUUUCAAGAAGCUGAGAUUUCUGAAAGGCAGAUUUUGCUAGUAAGGACCAAAGUGUAGAAGGCAUUGAGUACCUCAGCCUUAUCUUUGUUUCUGCCACCAUAGACUGUGUUCCCCAUUCAGCAGGUACACACUGACCCAUGUCUUCCUUAAGUUGCUGAUGUGCCUGUAGAAGACUUUUUUUAUUGCCUUUUGUGUCCCUCACUGGGUUCAGCUUCAGAUGGGCUUUGAUGUACCUAACUCCAUCACUACACACUUGGACAGUGUCUCUGUAUUUAUUUUGGAUCACUUGUCCCUGCUGUCAUCCCUUGAUUUUUUUCCUUUUUGAUAGAUGAGUUUUUGCACAUUGAGAUAGACAAUUAUUGAGCUUGGAGAGGUGAUCCUUGAACAAAAAUCAAACAGUUGCUAUGAACACCUCUUUUCUUCAGAACUGUACUCCAUGUGGCUCCUCCAAACAGGCCCGUAAGGGAACCAAAAGUAAUCUUUCCUGGAGUACAGAUUCUUGCUAUGUGCUUUGUUUCCUCCUUUCUGGAUCUUGAACUCCACACCUCAGGAUUGCUUCCAGGCUUCAUACCCCCUGUACUGGGUUUGGCGGGCACGUAGCUGAUUUUCUUUAUGGCAGACUGUAGGGUGGUGUGUUUUGGGUUGGUGUCCGAGGUGAUGCUGAUUACAUGCCAAUGUUUUCACUGUUGCUGAACAGUGCUGAAAUAGUAUCAAGGCCUUCUCCAUUUCUCACUCUGCCUGCUGCAGUGAGAGGGCUGGAGAUGGACAAGAGGCUGGGACAGCACACAGGUAGGAUAGCUGACCCCAACUGACUAGAGAGAUAUUCCAUAGCAUAUGACAUUGUUCUCAGCAGUAAAACUGGGAAGGAGUUUUCCAGGGAGUUUCUGUUGCUAAGGGACUUAGUAAACAAUUGCUUUUACUAAUUUUUAUCUCAACCCUGUUUUUAUCUCAACCUAUGAUUUUUCUUACGUUUGCUGCUCUUCUAAUUCUCUCCCUCAUCCCUCUGCAGGGAUAGUGAAUGAGAGGCUGUAUGGGGCUGAGAUACCUGGUCGUGGUUAAAUCACAACAGCCCUGAUUAUUUUUUUUCUUUGUAAGUAUGAAGUCCAGCAGAGCAUUUCCCCUUGUUGUCUGCUUGAUGAGUAGUAUCAGAAAAUCAUCAUUAAUGCACUCCUGAAACAUCCUCAAUCUCUUGUGCUCUGCACCUCCACCACAUAUUGGGGUGAUCAAAGUCUGCAUGAGCACCAGGGCCUGUGCAUUACAGAGGCUUUUGUAGUUGUCUGGAGAACUCCACAAAUAUCUAAUACUUUGAAUCAGGUGGUUGAUAGCAAACAAUCACUGCAGCACUACCAGUUUUGGUCUGCCCAGCGAUUCUGACCUGUAAUCUGCCAGCUGGUUUAUCAUUCAUCCCCAGGCAGAGCUCUUAUCCAACCCCUGCAUUGCUCUCGCAUCAAGGGCAACUCCACCUCCUUACCAUCAUGCCCUUACCAUCCUCCACUCAUUUCAGCAGCUGAGUUGUGUGAGCUACCCCACCAUGUCUCCAUGGUCCCAGUGAGAUCGUAGCCCUGCCAGCUUCGUGCAGACUUCUGUCCUCAUGUCUGCACACUGUGAAUGUUGGUGUACAGGCAAUCCAGAGAGGCUCUCAGUCAUUCUGGCUUCUUGUUGAUAACAUGACUGAUGCUAUAAAGACCUAUCACAACACAGAACAUACCAGUUAUUGAACAACUCAAGACACAUUCUUCAGUGUGUUUCUGUUGUAAUGGAGAUGAGACGAAAGGGAGUAGGAAUGAACAAUGAAUGCUUACUGCUCUUUGCUCCCAAGAUCCACUAUGUCUAUUUACUCUCUGUUCCUAGCAAUAGGAAAUGAUUUGCUCCCCAGGGAGUCAGGAAUGAUCAGUGCAGUAUUGAAAAAUGUGGUAAAGGUUGAGAAAGGAAAAAUGUUCUCUGACUUCUGGAGGGAAAUGUCAAGUGAAAGAAUUUGAGGUAUAGGGUGUUAGGAGGAAAUGUGAUACUCAAAGGUCAAAUGAUUGGAAGGUCAAGACUAGCAGAUUUGAAAAGAAACGUGAAUGUAUUCAAGGUUAGGAAGAUAACAAUAUACAGAAAUAAUAGUAGGACUGGGAAAUGCUAAUAAUAUAUAAUCCUACAAGUGACAAGAAAAGAAAGAAAGGUCAGAAGAAACCAGUACUUUUAAAAAGUAUAUAUGCUUCAUAAAUCACAUAAAAAUCAACUGCUCUGUUCUGAGUAAUCCUUGACUUUACUUUCUUUGUCCUGUAGGUUGAUGUGAACUGUAAUGGAGUCAUUGUGCUUUCAAGGGCUUGCUUCCCUAUACUUUGCUUCAAUGGCUCUCUUUCCUGCAUCCCUUGGGUGUGAUAAUGGCAUUCUGUGAAUCAUAUUAGCAGAGCAGAGCUUAAUUAAUGUUUGCAAAACACUUAGAUCCUCAGAUGAAGUGUUCUGUGUGCAUUUGGUGCAACGUAUUAUUGCCAAUAAGCACAGACUUUUUUUAAUUCCAGCAACAACUCAUUUUUGGUGCUUUUUUAUCACAAAAGCAACCACAUGAGGAUGGCUAGGAAGGGUCGUGCCAAGGUUCAGCUAUCUCACUAUCUCAGCUUCAGGAGCGGCAGGUGUUUUAAGGAAGAGAAGUGCAAAAAAAAACCCCAAAAAACAAAAAACCAAAACAAAAACCACAAAAGCCCCCAGAUGCUUUAUCUGGCAAACUCUCCUGGCUUCUAGCAACAAAUUUUUAAAGACUUUGUGAUCUGAAGAUUACAUCCAAUACCUGCCUCUGAAGGGAAUUCUUGUCCAUGCCUUUUCAACCAAUGUGUGGUGAGCCAUGGGAUUAACCCCGCGUAGCCUCUAUAGGGUGUUCUCCCCUCUCUGAGACAGAGAACCAGGAGGAAGAAAAUAAUAUUUUUAGCCUGUUUAGUUGCAAGCAAAUCUCCAUCUACCAUGGUGACAAAUGUAUUUGAGUCACUAGUGGGAAAAUUAUGUGCUAUUUGGUACUUUGACAUAACUGCUCAUGGAAGAGCUCGGCAUAUGUCCUUUCAACCCUCAGAAUAGGAUGAUUUAUUGCUUUAAAUUUAUCAGAAUCUUUAAAACCACAGAUUUGUAUCCAAGGAGACAUAAGUUCUUCAUCCUUGUGAGCUAGAAAACUGGGUGUAAAUGCAUUAAUUCAUACUAAUAAGAUGUUAAAAUCCUAGCUUUUAUAUAAAUUAAACUGAAGAUCAUCAGCUCUUUGUAAGGAAUUGCUUUGCCAUGUCAUUGCCUCACUUUUCCCCUCCCAGCUAACAGAUAGUGCUUUACAUAUCAAAUGGUAGCACUUUUUGGCCUCUGAAAUAGGAAUCUUUAGAAAUAUAACAUAUAUAUAUAUAUAUGAAUAAACUGGAGCCAUUUUUCUGUUCAGUUGGGUUAUAAUUUUCUGGUUUGCCCAGGUAGACUAAUUCCUAAUUUAAAACCUUGUUAAGGGAAUUCUAUCCCAUUUAUAUGGGGAAAUGGAUAACUACUUUGUGAAAUUGUGGAAAUAUUUGGAGAUGUAUGUAAAGAAAGGGCCAAUAAAAAUGUAAAUUAUCUCAA